GACUGCGCGUGGAAGCGAGAGACGAUGAGUGGCAUAGACUGAGAGGGGGGGGGGAUCAAUAUGACCGAUCGUCGGAUCAGUCGGAUGCACGUGAACGUCUCGUAAGUCUCGUCGUGUUUCGCGCGAAUGACGUAAUUGCAGCAGCAUCACAACCAGCGAAAAUGGCCGGCGCCGUGUGGGCCGAGGACGAGAUCGGGCGCAAGUGGGAUCGCUGCUUCACCGAUGCUAUCCUUAAGCUAGGUGGCGGCGUAGCCCUCGGCGGAGUGUUUUCUCUAUUUUUCUUCAAAAGAAGAAAGUGGCCCAUCAUAACUGGUGCUGGUUUUGGAUUAGGUAUGGCAUAUUGCAAUUGCCAGGAAGACAUCAAUGCAUCGAUACGUCCAAAGCCUAAAAGUUGUAAACUUGAAGAAAAGAAAUAAUUAGAGCAAAUUGUAAAAACAAAAUUAAAGCUAUUAUUAAGCUAAAAGAGAUAAAAUUAUAAUAAAUUUCUUUAUUCCAAUAA